AUGUCUUUACUUUCCCUUGCAGUAGUAGGCGCAGGACACUAUGGAUCUGCUAUUGCAUUAGCUGCAAGCUGCAAUUCAAAGGCUUUAGUCCGUCUAAUCGAUAUUUCAGAAGAAAAACUAGCAUAUUCCAACGCAUAUUUUCAGAAAUGGCUGUAUGACAAAAAUAAAUUGGUAGAUAUAAGCACCUCAUACGCUUAUGAAGUAAUAGAAAGAAAGAAUCGAGAACUUUCAAAAAUUACUAAAAAACACAAAUGGAGAAAACUGCAAAAAUGCAAAAAUUAAUAUAAUUUUAUGGCAUAAAAGAAUUUUUUUUGCAUUUUUGCAAGUUCUCCAGAAAGAAUCACAUGGUCUCAGAAUCUUGAAGACACAUCCUAUGCUAAUUUUGUAAUAGAAAGCAUUGAUGAAGACUUGGUGCUUAAAAACGACGUCAUAAGACAGAUUGAGAAAUACACAAGUGAAAAUUCUGUGAUAGCAAGCACGACUAAUCAUAUUUCAAUAGGGAAAAUAGCAAAAAAUACAAAGGCACCACAUAGGAUUCUUGGGAUGCAUUUUCCACAGUAUCCGAUCAAAUAUAAUGCAUGUGAAAUUGUGGCGCAUUCGGGUAGCUCAGAAGCGGUAGUACAAAAGGCGUGUGAUUAUGCUAUAGAAAUGAGCUUUAAGCCUGCUAUAUGUCUUGAUACCCCUGGGUUUAUUGCGAAUAGGGCUCUUUAUUUACUUAUAAAUGAAGCUGCUUAUGCUUUGCAUGAAGGGGUGGCGAGGAAAGAAGAUAUUGAUAAUGCAGUGCGAAGGUCACUUUUUAAUUUUAUUGGGCCGCUGGAAUAUGCUGAUUAUAUUGGGAUUGAUGUAUUGUUAGAAGGACUGAGGAUUUUUCAUAAGGAGACUGGGGAUGAUAAAUUUCGACCAUGUCCUCUGCUUGCACAAAUGGUUGAAGCAGGCUGUUUACUCUCCCCCUCUGUGUGAGAAUAAUAUUUUUUUCACACGGGGUUAAUUUUUGUUUCUAUAAAAAUAUAAUCAAUUUUUUUUUAAUUUAAAAAAUCCUAAUUUGCAAAAAAAAUUUAAUAAUUAAAAUUAUGCUUAUAAUGCAAUUAGCUCAAGAUUUCAUAAUUCUAUAUUACGAAAUAUUUUUCAUAAUAAAUUUUUUGUUCGCUUUCAUUGAGAAGGGUGUCUUUUUACCCAAAAAAAAUAGGGAUUUUUCCAGCGGUUUUGUUCGCUCAUGAGAGAGGGGAGUUAGGCAGAAAAACAAACCAAGGGUUUUUUGAGUAUGACUUUGGAGAAUUCUUAGGCCGUCCUAAACAUAAAAUACACUCCUAUAACGCCUGGGAUCAAAAAUUAAAAGACAUAAUUGGCUUAGAAGCAGAAAUUAAGAAAAAAUACGAUGUCCUCUACAAUACUUCUCACAUUGACCAUUUAGAAAGAUUUGAUGCAAUUUCCCACAGAGAUGCUCAAAAAGACCCAGAAGACUUAUUUGCGCAUGAACCCCCUAGUGAAACUCGAGCAAAAGAUAUAGAAAACAUGAAAAAAAUGUUUGGACUGAUGAAGCAGCACAACGAAGAAGUACUCAAAGGGUCUUUUGGAGACCAUAGAGAAGGUGAGGACUCUGAAGAAGAUUUCGAAAAGGACGAGACUUAUGAAAAAGCCAGAAAGGUUUGGGAAAGUUGGGAUCUUAAGAAUGAAGAGCUUAAUGAGGAGCUUGAAACCUUUAAAAAUACUGACUCCUUCACUUUAUACUGGAAUAAAAAAAAGCAUCAGGACACCUCUUUUAAUUGGAUUUUUAAAAAAUUCUAAUUUUUAUAGUGCAAGUAUAAUACAACUUAAUUUUUUGAAAUUUUAAAUUUUAAAGAAAAAUUUAAUAUAAGCUGAGCUUAUUAGAAAAAGAGUUUUUGUUUCAAUUAAAAGCAGAGAGUGAGGCUUUUAAAGAGGUCAUGUUCCCAGAGAAAAAAGACGAAUAUUUUGAGGAUCUGUAUGAAAUAUUUGAAGAGAAAGCGAAUAAAGGGCCAUUUAAGGAUGAUUCUCAUCUUUGGAAAGAUGACAUAGAAGAAGCGGAUUUUUUUGAAGAUUUCAAAGACAUUGAUAUAGAUAUAAAAGGGGAAGAGCUUGAAGAUAAAAUCUUAAAGACAGCUGAGUCAUGGAAGAAACAAAAAAAGGCUGCUGAAGCGGCAAAGAAAGAGUAG